AUGGGGAGCCUCUUAGGAGAAGGAAGUGAAGUGGAUGAGCUGGACAAAGAUUUGGAGUAUGCGUUGCAGGUUGGUGAAGAUGAAUUGGACAAAGCGUUGGACUUGGCAUUGGAAGAUGGUGAAGAUGACGAAGACGACGAUGCAGAAGAUGAGAGAGAUGGGGAUGGCAAUGAAGUGGAAGGGGCAGAGCAAGGACCGGAAGCCGCACCCUUGGUUUCAAUGGAAGGUGAUGGUCCUGGUAUGGAAUUUUUUCAGCAUUCCCUGUCUCUUGCAUAUGAAGCUCUAGCAGAGAAGAAGCGUCGAGCACUUGCUGAUUCUAAAGGUGAAGGGUCCACAAAGAAGGCUAGGCUAGAGGAUGCUCCUGAGGCUACCUUGGAAGACUUGGAGGCAACGUUUGGCAGUUCGCGGAGGAGGAAGUCACGGAAACGGAAGAAGAAUGGUAGGCGCAAGGGAUCCAAAAAUAAACUUAGCGAAGAAAUUUCAAAUAUGCUUGCUGAUGCUACUCUUCAUUAUGUGCAUCGGCGUUAUGAAGAGGGCAUAGCUAUUCUAAAAGAGGUUCUUAGGCUGGCACCAGUUGUACCUGAUGCAUAUCAUACACUUGGGCUUAUCUAUGAUAGGCUUGGCAAUUCUCAGAAGGCUAGGGGAUUUUAUACGCUAGCAGCACUCACAAAGCCCAAAGAUCCUUCUUUUUGGGAGGUUCUUUUUACCUGGCACAAAGAACAAGGAGACUUAGCUCGUGCGGUGAUGUGCCUUUCUAGAGCUGUACGGGCUGACCCCAGUAAUAUUUCUUUGAGGUCUAGCCUUACAAAUCUUUAUUUUGAGCUUGGAAAUUAUGCGAAAGCUGCCGAGACACAUGAACAACUUCUACAAAUUUGCCCAAAUGACUUGAGAGUUCUAAUGACAGCCGUUGAGUUGUACUCCAAAUGUGGCCAGAUGGAGCGAAGUGUGAGUAUUUUAGAGUGCUAUCUGAAGGAUCAUCCCUCUGAAGUUGAUUAUUGUGUGAUAAAUAUUCUUGUUGCCAUACUGAUGGAAACAAGGAACUAUGAUAGUGCUCUCAAGCAUAUUGAGCAUGCGCAACAGGUUUACUAUCUGGGAAAGGAAGUGCCUUUCCCUUUGAGAAUCAAAGCAGGAAUUUGCCAUGCCCAUCUUGGAGAUAUCGACAAAGCAGAGUCUUUCUUCUGUAGUUUGCAAAAGGAGAAUGUUGCUGCUUGUUCGGACCUGAUCACUGAAGUUGCUGAUGCUUUCACAAGUCUUGGCCAUUUCCACUCUGCGUUGAAGUAUUAUCAAAUGCUAGAUAUAAAUGGCAAACAUGUCAACGACGGUUGCAUACAUUUCAAAAUUGCCCAAUGUCACUUAUCCUUGAACAAUAGAGUGGAGGCAAUUAAGUAUUUCUACAAAGCUUUGCCCAAGCUCUCAGACAGUAUUGAUGCUAGAUUGGCUUUGGCUACUCUGCUCCUAGAGGAUUCUAAAGAAGAUGAUGCUAUUACUUUGCUAUCUCCUCCUGAAAAUUCUUCUGCAGUUAAUUGCAACCCUGAGAAACCGAAGCAAUGGUAUUCUAAUGUCCAAAUCCAAUUGAAACUCUGCCACAUAUAUAGAGCUAAGGGGAUGCUUAAGGCAUUUGUCAAUAUAUUGCUCCCUUUGGUUCGUGACUCACUUUAUGGCAAGACUUUUCCACAAAAGGCAAAGAAAAGGCUGACAACAAGUAUUCUACGUAAGAGAGUUAAAAUUCUUGAAGUUGGGGGAACCAAUGAUGUUUUUGAUGGCGUCAGACCUCUCGCUUCUCGAUCAGAUCGACUGAAAGCUGCCAGAGCAAGAAGGUUGUUGAAAAAGAAAGAAGAGCAGAAGGCUGCCGCAAGAGCAGAAGGCAUUGACUGGAACAGCGAUCUUUCUGAUGAUGACGAGUCUGCGGAAGUUAGAGAACCUCCUCCCCUGCCAAAUUUACUGGAGGAUGAAGAGCACCACAAUCUCAUUAUUGAUUUGUGCAAGGCCUUACAAUCCCUGCAAAGGUACUGGGAAGCACUGGAAAUCAUUAGCCUGACGAGGAAAUUGGCUUCUUCAAACAAACUACCUACUGAAAAGCGACAGGAGCUUCAGUCUCUGGCAGCUCAGAUAUCUUACUACACCGCCGACCCCAAACACUCUCUUGACUGCGUAAAAUCAGUGGUUCAGCAACGACCAUACAGUUUUGCUGCCUGGAACUGCUUUUACAAAAUAACUUCAAGAUUGGAAAAAACAUUUCCAAGGAAGUUCCUGCGGUACAUGCGAGCCAAGUAUAAGGACUGCGUUCCACCUAUUGUAAUCUCUGGCCAUCAAUUUACUGCUGGGAGUCUCCAUCAGGAUGCUUCAAGAGAAUACCUAGAAGCUUAUAAACUAUUGCCGGAGAACCCUCUGGUCAAUCUCUGUGCUGGAACUGCAUUGAUCAACUUGGCACUCGGGUUCAGGCUUCAGAACAAGCACCAAUGCGUUGCACAGGGCCUGGCAUUCCUACACAACAAUCUUCACCUUACCGGGGGGAAAAGCCAGGAGGCGCUCUAUAACAUUGCCAGGGGAUAUCAGCAAGUUGGGAUGUCGACUCUGGCAGUCGCGUACUAUGAAAAGGUUCUCUCCAUGUCCGAGAAGGAUUAUCCAAUUCCCAAGCAUCGGAACGAGGAGGAUGUGGAAGAAGGCAGCAGCAACAACACUACUGUUGAGGAAGCUGCAGCAGGAGGAUACCGCGACCUGAGAAGGGAGGCAGCUUACAAUUUACAUUUGAUAUAUAUGAAAAGUGGAGCAGUUGAUCUUGCUAGGCAGGUACUUAAAACCCACUGCACUUUGUGA